UAGUGUCACUGUUACUAGCACUCCACAGCCACUGCUGAAAUAAGGUAAGAGGAGAGGAGUGCCACCAGUAUCGCCACUAACACCAUCACCAUACGAUUGAAUUCACAGUAGCUUCAAGCACGAUAGAGAUGCAGUGCGCAAUAAAGAAUGAUGUUACUGAACUAAUUGGAAAUACUCCCAUGGUUUAUCUAAACAAAGUUGUGGAUGGUUGUGUAGCGCGCAUUGCUGCCAAGUUGGAAUCAAUGGAACCCUGCUCAAGUGUCAAAGACAGGAUAGCGUUAAGUAUGAUCAAUGAUGCUGAGGACAAGGGUUUGAUUAAACCAGGGAAGACUGUCCUUGUUGAGACUACUAGUGGAAACACUGGAAUUGGGUUGGCGUUCAUCGCAGCCCUUAAAGGUUACAGGCUAAUCUUAGCAAUGCCGGCAUCGAUGAGCCUUGAGAGAAGAAUCGUGCUCCGCGCUUUAGGAGCUGAGCUGCAUCUCACAGAUCCUGAUAAGGGCUUUAAGGGUAGUCUUCAAAAGGCCGAGGAACUGAUGAGGGAGACACCUGAUGCUUUUAUGCCUCACCAAUUUGAAAAUCCUGCAAACCCAAAGAUUCACUAUGAUACCACUGGCCCUGAGAUAUGGAGAGAUUUUGGAGGGAAAGUUGAUGCCCUUGUAGCAGGUAUAGGAACUGGGGGUACAAUAACAGGUGCAGGGAAAUUCCUCAAAGAGAGAAACCCGGAUAUGAAGGUAUAUGGAGUGGAACCAGUGGAAAGUGCAGUCUUGAGUGGUGGACAGCCAGGAAAGCAUAUGAUUCAGGGAAUUGGUGCUGGCAUAAUUCCUGCUGUGCUGGAUGUGAAUCUGCUUGAUGAAAUUAUUCAGGUAUCAAGUGAGGAAGCUAUAGAGACUGCUAAGCAGUUAGCCCUGAAAGAAGGUUUGCUGGUAGGGAUUUCGUCCGGAGCAGCGGCAGCUGCUGCAAUAAAAUUGGCAAAGAGACCAGAAAAUACUGGGAAACUCUUUGUUGUGGUGUUCCCUAGUUCUGGAGAGCGUUACCUAUCGUCACCCUUGUUUGAAUCCAUUAGGCAUGAGGCUGAACAGAUGACAUUUGAUUAGGGAACUGUCACUGCCACUGGUGAAAUUAUACUAAAAAAGUAAUGCCUGUUGAAAUUAUUCUUUUCUCUCAUUCAUGCUUUGCUACCAUUAAAUAUAAAUUGAAUGCUAUUACACUUGUUCUAGCCUAUUAGAGACAAAUCAUGCCAAACUGAAGUGCAGGGUAUCCUGAAAAGGAAUGUGCUCUUUCUUUGUAUUGGCUAUGGGAAAGAUGUUGGAAUCUUGAAGAAUAUCCAUUUGAGAAUUCCUUUGGAGGAGGACCCUCUUUGUAUUCAUUCAUCUGCUAGGCUGC